AUGCUCAAGCUGCUGCGCGAUGUGGCCAAGGACGGCGUCAUUCUCAUGUCUGGUGAUGGCACAUUGCGCCGCUGUCACCCCAUUCUCGCUGCAUACGUCGGCAAUUAUCCCGAGCAAGUUCUUGUCACGGGCGUAAAAUACGGUACCUGCCCCAAGGAUACCAUCAACCCUUCUCAAUUUGGCACGAAGGAGCCCUGCGAGCUGAGGGACAUCAACGCCAUUGCCGAAGUGCUAUCCCUGGCCGACGCCAAACUAGAAGACGGGGAUCUCGCGGCUUAUGUCCAGGCAUGCUAG